CUUUUAGUGUUCCUCUUUCUUCUGCCCCUCUUAUUCAAUGGCUACUCUUCAAGUUUCCAUUGUAUUGGUUAUGUUCUUCCUUCAACUGUUCUAUGGUCACAAUCAUUUUUCUGAUUGAUCUCUCAUGGUUGUUCUUGUUGUUGUUGGUUUUAAUUGGUUUCCAUAUUUGUGUUACAGGUGCUCGGUCGUCGACAUUUACGAUUGCAAACAAAUGCAGCUAUACAGUUUGGCCAGGGGUGUUGUCAAGUGCUGGAAUCCCACCACUUUCGCCCAAAGGUUUCGUUCUUCAACCAGGAGAAUCGACAUCUAUUGGUGUUCCGGCAUCUUGGUCUGGUCGGCUAUGGGGUCGAACGCUUUGCACCAAAGACUCCUCCGGGAAAAUUUCUUGCCUCACUGGGGACUGCGGCUCGUCUAAACUAGAAUGCUCGGGAGCCGGUGCCAUCCCCCCUGCUACUCUUGCGGAGUUCACAUUGAACGGUGCCGGUGGAUUGGAUUUCUACGAUGUUAGCCUUGUCGAUGGGUACAAUCUACCAAUGAUGAUCGUUCCACAGGGUGGAACGGGCGGUAAUUGUAGCUCAGCCGGAUAUGCUGCGGAUUUGAACGGUGAUUGUCCUCUGGAGCUUAAGGUGGUUGUGGGGAGCCAAGGAGUGGCGUGUAAUAGUGCAUGCAAUGCUUUCGGCGACGCACGAUAUUGCUGCAGUGGAGCAUAUUCGACUCCGAAUGCUUGCAAGCCGAGUUCUUACUCGGAAUAUUUCAAGGUUGCCUGUCCUACAGCUUAUAGCUAUGCCUAUGACGAUGGAACCAGUACCUUCACUUGUGCUGGUGCCGAUUAUGUUAUUACUUUCUGCCCUACCCCUUCCACCUGGUACUAAUUGCAUUGCAAGUUCCUUGGAACAAUCUGGCAUUAACCAAUCAUCAUCAGAUCUAACUUAUUCAAAAUUUGUCACCG